UUGAAAGUACGUAUCCUGGUUACUAAUUAUAUUGUUGUUUUUGAUUAUCUAGGUCAGUGUUUGGGAGGUGAGUAUUGUGUCGGAAUUUUCUAUCAAACUUAUAUGGACUGGUAUUAUGGCCGCUAUCAAGUAACAACUGACUACAGCCACCGGUAUUAUUAUUAUUAUAGUUAUCAGCAUGGACCCAAAUACUGCGCGAACCGCUGUUGUACAUUAUCUGUCGGAUAUACAACCACCUAUUACUCGAACUCGUACAAAACUUGUUGUGCGGACUUCGGUGAUAUACCUUCCUACAAAUCAUCUGAUAAGAAAUCAAGCACAAUUGGAAUCAUUGUCGGGUGUACUAUUGGAGGGAGCCUGUUUACAUUCAUAGUUGUAUUUCUAUUGUGCGUUGCCCAUUGCGUGUCGAAAGAGAAAAAAAGAAUUGACCCGGCAGCGAUCGAAUGCGGAUCGGUCACAAUGAAGGACAACCCUGUUGUUGUAGCCGAUUCCCCCAUCACACAAACCACAGCAGACGCUACGUCAACAACAAAAGACACCGUUUCCAUCGUAUGA